UUACAGGAAAUAUUGGUUGCAUGCAUUUUAUUUGGGUGAGGCUGAAGCCAUCAUUGCCAAGGCAAUAGCAACAGCUGAAGGACUUUCUGUUGUGUCACAAACCUUAAAAGAAAAUGGAGGAUCAGAGGUGAAGACACAAAAAUAUGUCCAUAGAUCAUGUUUAGAUAGCUGGAGAUCUACAAAGGUAACCUCCUUAUCAUUCAAUUUGUCUUACGAAUAUACACGUGUUUACAAUCAUAUCAUAAAUGAUGCUUAUUCACUCAUUGUUUUCUUUGUACUAGGAGGGCUUUGCUUUUUCUCACUGUACAGAGUGCAGAGCUGUCUUCAUAUUACGAGCAAAUGUCCCAAAGGAUCGCUGGCCCCAACUGUGGAGCGAUAUCUACAUGAUUUACUUCAGUAUGCAUUGGGGGUUUUGCAAAUUGUUACAUUGGUACCUAGCAGUCAAAAGAUGAUUGUAAAUGCAACAUUAAGCACCGACCGGUCUGGUUUUUAUGUAAUUUUAGAUGCUGCAAAUAUUAGCAAUAGUCAUGUGGACCCUGAGAUAAUUCAAUCAGCCUUAAAUGUUUUAAUCACCCUUGUUUGCCCCCUCCUGCAAUCAGCAAUAAACCACCUGCAUUGUAACAAGGCCAACAGUUUGCGUCUUCCCAAACCUCUAAUGGUGCUCUCUCUGAGACUAGAGAUAGAUAUGCCGACCGAUAUGCUCAAGGUGCCAGCCAUAUUGAUCCUAGGGACGCUGUGUUGGCCUUGCCACACAGCUGAACAAGGAUAUCAUCAGGCAAGAGAGGCUGUCUGUUCUAGUAAUGGUAUAAAGGUUCUUAUACAAAUCAUCUCUUUGCGUGUAUGUUCAUCUCCUGCUGCUCUGGACUGUCUCCGUGCUCUAGCUUGUCGAGUUAUGCUUGGAUUAGUCAGAGAUGACAAUUUUCCACAUACAUUGACAAAACUUCAGGUUUGGUUUCGUAUCAUGUUCAACUCAGUCUUUUUUGUGUUGGAUGUAGGGAUGGAAAUGGUAGGUUUCUCAAUUUCAAGGCUAACACUGAAUAGGCUUAGGUGGAUCAGUUCUGUCAUGCUCCUACUCACACUGUUUUUGUUGCCCUUUGACUUUAUGCAUAUUAGUAUUUUUGCAUGAUCACAGCUUGCCUUGGAUCACUUCCGAAAUGGACAUAACCUGCAUCAAGGAUUUUGGUCUUGACUUUGCAAAGCUUUGGAGCCAUUUGAGUUAGCAUAGGGGCUGGCUGAAAUGAAUUGGUUAGAGAAGGUAGUUUAGAACUUUUAGGAAUGUUAAGCAGUAGCAUGUAGAUUCCUCAUUAGCUUUGUGUAAAUUAUAACCAUAUUGACAAGCUCAAAACUAUGAUCUGAUCCAGGAUUUCCAAAAAGAGAUUAUUAUGUGAAAUUAUUAGUUUGUGGUA